AUGACAGACGCCGACGAGCCGCAGCCCGGCCCGCUGAACUACGUCGUCGGCUUCACGCUGGUCGGCAUCGCCUGGGGCCUCACGACGCCCUUCAUCCGCCGCGCCGCGAAAGACCACCACCCGGCGCCGCACCCGGUGCUCGAGUCCGACGCCGUCAAGGCCAGCUGGCUCAGGUCCAAGGUGUACGGCACCUUCUUCGCCGUCGUCGACCUCCUGCGAAACCCGCGCUACGCCAUCCCGCUGCUGCUGAACCUGACCGGCAGCGUGUGGUUCUUCUUGCUCAUCGGGAAGGCUGAAUUGAGCCUAACUGUCCCCAUCGUCAACACACUUGCAUUCCUUUUCACUGUCAUUGGUGACUGGUGGGUCGAUGGGAAAGUUAUUAGUCGGAACACAAUGGCUGGGUAA